AUGGUACCAACAUUCCAUAAAUUGUUAACACCGAAGUGGCCCGAUCUUAUUAAGCAACAAGAACACGAAGCUCAGUCCAAACUACAACAACAGAAGUACUUCAAUACCCUACAAUGUGCAAUGCCACUUAAACAAAUACCUCAAGGAACUGAAGUUCAUAUUUCUACCCACCCAGAAAAUGGUGUUGUAAAGACUAGUAUGGAAGUCCACGACAGUAUGAAGUUGAUACUCCAACUGGUGUUAUUAAACACAACCGUGUUCAAUUGGUUCCACUGCCAGAAAAACCUAUCGUGCAAAGAGAAACUAGUGAGUCAGAGGAUAAUAAUAUUCCUGAACUCAAUAUAUAUUCAAGGCCCAAAUGAACUGUAA